UCGGGGACACACACGCGCCACUGGAAUUCCCCACCGCCGCCGCCGCUGCCCGCCGUCGCGGCGCCAUGCUCCACCUCCGGAAGCGCGUCCUCUCCGGCCCGCCCCUUCCUUCCACCUCCCCACUCCUCUCUCUCCACCGCCUCAUCUCUGCCGCCGCGCCGGGCGUCUCCCCCAACCCUGCCUUCGCCGUCGACGACUACCUCGUCCGCACCUGCGGCCUCACCCGUGCUCAGGCACUCAAGGCCUCCGCUAAGCUCAGCCACCUCAAGUCCCCCGCCAACCCCGACGCCGUCAUCGCCUUCCUCGCCGGCCUAGGCCUCUCCGGCGCCGACGUCGCGGCCCUCGUCGCCAGGGACCCGCAGAUCCUCUGCGCCAAACUGGAGAGAACCCUGGCCCCCAAUGUCGCGGGGCUCGCCGGCCUCGGCCUGUCACAGGCUGAGAUCGCGCGCUUCGUCUCGCUCGCCCCUGACUACUUGCGCCAGAGAUCCGUCGUCUGCAAGGUAGAGUACUACCUGCCACUCUUCGGCUCCAUCGACAACUUGCUCCGGCCGCUCAAAUACGGCUCCGGCUUCCUCGGCUCCCACCUCGAGAGGGAUGUCAAGCCCAAAGUCAGUAUCCUAGCAGAGUGCGGUCUAGGUGCUUGUGAUAUUGCCAAGCUCUUCAUCCGUGCGCCGAGGAUACUUUGUGCCAGCACAGAACGUGUCUUGCGGAUGGUCGCGUGCGCCGAACGUAUAGGUGUGCCCCGUGGAUCUGGGAUGUUCAGGCAAGCGCUGCAUGUUGUCUCAUACUUCAGCGAGGACAAGAUCGCUGCCAAAGUGGACUACUUGAAGAGGACACUUGGGUGGUCUGAUGCCGACGUUGGCAUUGCUGUGUCCAAGGCUCCGUUUCUGCUGGGGAAGUCAAGGGACAUGCUGAAGCGCAGGUCCGAGUUCCUUAUCUCUGAGGUGGGGUUGCAGCCGGCCUACAUUGCUCAUCGCCCGGCUUUGCUCACUUACAGCCUGGAGGGCCGGCUCAGGCCCCGCUACUAUGUUGUGAAAUUUCUCAAGGAAAAUGGAUUGCUCAAGCGUGACCCAAGCUAUUACACAAUUGCCAAGUUCACUGACAAGGCAUUCGUGGAGAAGUGCAUAUGUCCUCACAAGGAAGAUGCACCACAACUUGCUGAAGACUAUGCAGCUGCUUGCAAAGGAGAAGUGCCAAAUAGUUUCAGAUUUAAAGCAUGAUAGGAAACCUGGUAAACUGUGUACGUUCGUCAAAGUUUUCAUUCUCUUGGAAGCUGGUAAUUCCUAUUUUAGUGUACUUUGCCUAGCUAGAUGUUGGUCUUCCACUCUGUUAGAUUCUGGUAUGGUCGUUGCUAACGCUUGAUGAAAACCUGUAAUUAGAUCCAUGGGCACUGAUAUGUCCAUGUCAUCACAAACUUUCCUUCGAAUGGUAAUUCUUAUCCUUGUGUUCUUUGCCUAA